AUGAAUGCAGCCAGAGAAAGGGGCCGUCGGAUAGGGGUGCGCGGCCCGGCACUCAUGUUCAAUGGCCGCGGCACCAAACUUACCGCUGAAGAGGAGCGUUUUCUGGAUGCGGCAGAGUACGGCAAUAUCCCAGUGGUGCGCAAGAUGUUGGAGGAGAUGCCUGCUCUGAAUGUGAACUGUGUGGACUACAUGGGCCAGAAUGGGCUUCAGCUGGCGGUUGGAAACGAGCACCUGGAGGUUACGGAGCUACUCCUGCGGAAAGACAACUUGGCGCGUAUCGGGGACGCGCUCCUUCUCGCCAUCAGCAAGGGCUACGUCAGGAUAGUGGAGACCAUCCUGGCCCACCCGUCUUUUGUUACCAGUGAGCGUCUGACGCGUAGUCCCCGCGACCUGGAGGACGACGACUUCUAUUCGUACGACGAGGACGGCACGCGCUUCUCUCCAGACAUCACUCCCGUGAUCCUGGCGGCGCAAUGCCAGAAGUACGAGGUGGUUCACAUGCUACUUCUGAAGGGCGCACGCAUCGAGCGGCCGCACGAUUACUUUUGCAAGUGCGAGGACUGCACUGAGAAACAGCUCAACGACUCAUUUAGCCACUCGCGCGCUCGCAUUAACGCGUACCGGGGGCUGGCUAGCCCUGCUUACCUGUCCCUCUCCAGCGAAGAUCCCGUCUUUAUGGCGCUGGAGCUCAGCAAUGAGCUGGCCAAACUUGCCAACAUCGAGAAAGAGUUCAAGGAGAAAAAGAACAUUAAAAAAGAGACAACACACAAUUGCUUCUCCCUGAAUGAUUAUCGCAAGCUUUCUCUGCAGUGUAAGGACUUCGCGGUGGGCGUUCUGGACUUGUGUCGGGACACGGAGGAGGUUGAGGCCAUCCUGAACGGCGACAUAAGUAAUGAGACGGAGGAGCGGCAGCGUCGCCACUCCCUCCUCAACAGGGUCAAACUCGCCAUUAAGUACGAGGUGAAGAAGUUUGUGGCCCACCCCAACUGCCAGCAGCAGCUCCUGAGUCUGUGGUACGAGGACCUGUCCUUCCUCAGGGAGCAGAGCCUGUUGGUGAAGUGCCUAGUGGUGCUGCUGGUGGGCCUGGGUCUGCCCCUUCUCGCCACAGCUUACUGGCUGUGCCCCUGCAGCAGGCUGGGCGCGUCGCUGCGAAGUCCCUUCAUGAAGUUUGUGGCGCAUGCGGCCUCCUUCAUCAUCUUCCUGUGUCUGCUGGUGUUCAGCGCCUCAGACCGCUUCACAGGCAUCACCACGCUGCCCAACGAGACCGUCACGGAGCACCCCCGCCAGGUGUUCAGGGUGACCACCACACGCUUCAGCUGCACAGAGGGCCUCAUCAUCAUCUGGGUUGCUGGGAUGAUGUGGUCGCAGUGUAAGGAGCUGUGGACUCAGGGCUGCAGGGAGUACAUCUUGCAGCUGUGGCACGUUCUGGACUUUGGCAUGCUAUCCAUCUUCACAGCCUCCUUCACUGCCAGGUUCAUAGCUUUCCAUCUGGCCAACAAGGCUCAGAAAUACGUAGAUGACCAGGUUCAGGCCAGCGAUCUAUCCCUCGUCACCCUGCCCCCACAUGUCAGAUACUUUACCUACGCCAGGGCCAGAUGGAGCCCUUCAGAUCCUCAGCUGAUCUCAGAGGGGCUGUACUCCAUCGCCGUGGUGCUCAGCUUCCUGCGGAUCGCCUACAUUCUGCCGGCCAACGAAAGUUUCGGGCCUCUGCAGAUCUCCCUGGGCCGGACGGUCAAGGACAUUUUCAAGUUCAUGGUCUUGUUCAUCAUGGUCUUCCUGGCGUUCAUGAUAGGCAUGUUCAUCCUGUAUUCAUACUACUUGGGCGCCAAGGUCAACCUGGCCUUUACCACGGUGGAGGAGAGCUUCAAGACGCUGUUCUGGUCGAUAUUUGGACUGUCUGAGGUGUCCUCAGUUGUACUGAAGUAUGACCACAAGUUCAUUGAGAACAUCGGCUACGUGCUGUUUGGAAUUUAUAAUGUGACGAUGGUGGUGGUGCUGCUAAACAUGCUCAUAGCCAUGAUCAACAGCUCCUAUCAAGAGAUAGAGGAUGAUGCUGAUGUGGAGUGGAAGUUUGCGCGGUCUAAACUGUGGCUGUCCUACUUUGACAAUGGAAGGACCCUCCCUCCCCCCUUCAGCCUGGUGCCAAGCCCCAAGUCCUUCCUCAGGGUCAUCCAGGCAGUCGUCUGCCCAAGACGCAGCGUGGAGAGGAAGACAGACCUGGGGAUACACUACUCUAAGUCCAGGGCCAACCAUCAGAUGGCAGAGCUUCACAGUUUAAACAGCCAGUUGAACCAGCCCACUCGCUAUCAGCAAAUUAUGAAGAGACUCGUCAAGAGAUAUGUCUUAAAAGCGCAGGUGGAUAAAGAAAGUGAUGAAGUUAAUGAAGGGGAACUUAAAGAGAUCAAACAGGACAUCUCGAGUCUUCGCUACGAGCUCUUGGAAGAUAAGUCUCAGGUCACAGAAGAACUCUCCUUAAUCAUCCACAAACUGGGCACCCAACUGAACCCAGUCUCUACACACUAUGCAGGAACAGGGGACACUGGAGAUGGUCUGGCACAGCAGACAAACAUUUAUGCUACAAUAUAGCAACAAAACACUUUCACUGUUAGGUUGUAAGAUUUUCUUUGAAUUUUCAAUUAAUCUGCUACCCGGAGGCAUUUUACCUGACACUCCUAUGCACAUUCCAACAUUGCAUGUAUGCAUAAUAAAAUAAGGUUCGUGUGAGGGAGUGGAAGAAAUGGGCUAAAAGUUAUGCGAAGUACAUGUAGGAAACGUUUUGACUUUGUUUUGUUAGAACAGUUUUGAAUAGGGCAUUCACCAGCGGUGGUAUUGUCAAUAAAC